ACUCCUGCAGGAACUCCCAAGAGCCACCACGAUGCACCAGUGAAUGAUGAGUAGCACCUACUGCAGCAAUUCUUCAGCUAAGAUGAGUGUCAACGAAGUCUCUGCAUUCUCCCUGACGCUAGAGCAAAAGACUGGCUUUGCCUUUGUGGGCAUCCUGUGCAUUUUCCUGGGGCUCCUUAUCAUCAGAUGCUUCAAGAUUCUCUUAGACCCAUAUAGCAGCAUGCCCUCUUCUACAUGGGAAGAUGAAGUCGAAGAGUUUGAUAAAGGGACCUUUGAGUAUGCGCUUGCCUGAUGGUGGUUCCAGCCUUUUCCAGUUGCCAUUGGGACA